AUGUCUCUCAGUGCGCAACUCGCCAAGUUCCAGAAAGAGCGCGCCGACACAGUCACACGCAACAUCGGCCAUGCGCGACCAGCGUCUAGCACUCCCGCUCGAGUAUCCACACCUCAGCCAGCAACCACCGCCGACACCACAAAGCGCAGUCAUGACACCGCCUUUGCCGCGAACAGCAGCGGCAGUGGUAACGAGCUUUUCGCCCACGUCCAUCACGCCCGCAACCACCUCAAGUCUAAGAGUCCGGCGCUUCUUACGUUCGACGACAUCAUAUCCUACCUCUCUCUACCAGUCGACGCAGAGAAGAACAUACCGCGGAUUAAGGAAGCGUUGAAGGGCGACGAGCGUGUUGAAUUCGUGCCCAAGUCGAAAAGCGGCAACAGCAAGGACUGCUUCAAGUACAGACCUCUGCACCCAGUCACCAAUGCUGAAGAGCUGAAGGAGUAUCUGGCACGUCGCACCACCUUUACCGCGGCAGGAGUCACGGUCAAGGCGCUCAAGGAUGGCUGGCCAGACUGCGUUCAAGCGAUCGACCAGCUCGAGAAAGAGGGCUUCGUGCUGGCUACUCGCCACAAGAAGGACAACGCUCCUAUCCGGGUCUACGCCGACUCGCCUUCCUAUCACAUCCACAUCGACGACGAUUUCCGCGACUUCUGGACUAAGACCAAGCUUCCUGCUUCUGAGACCGAUCUUCGCAAUGAGCUGGAGAGAGCAGGCAUCACUCCCACUAGCCAGGUGAAGGAAAUCAGAAAGGCCAACACCCAGAAGAAGGAGCGGAAGCGCAUUAACAGAGUUGGCACCAAGGUGACUAAUAAACACAUGACUGGUAUUCUCAAGAAUUUCGACAAGCCCAGGCGCUCAUAG